CAAUCUACUAGUCUUCUUCAAGACCGAGAAGACGUGUUGGGCUUUCUUUGCUUUGACGCUGCUUCCUCCGUAAUAUAUGUAUCUGAAGCUGGUGGUUCGAUUCAGAACACCGAUAGGGGAAGAGCAUGUGUUGCGAUGGUGAGUGCAGGCCUCUGGGGUGGCUGUUGGGCCUCCCCUUCGCCUUCCUCUCCCUCCUCGUCUCCGUCGUCGGCGUCGCCGUUUGGAUCGUCGGGUUGCUGCUGUCUUGCAUCUGCCCUUGCUGUCUGUGCGUGACGGUGCUGGUGGAGGUGGCCAUUGAGCUCGUCAAGGCCCCUCUCCAUGUCAUGGAGUGGUUCACCUCGCAGAUCCCCUGUUAGCGACAUCCUGCUUUCAUCUAUCUUUCUUUCUUUCUUUCUUUCUUUCCCCUGUUUUCCUGUUCUCGAGUUGCCAUUGGAAGACUGUGGUGUGUGAAUGAGUGACGCUGCUGUAGAUUUCUUGCUAUUCAUCUCUCUUCUCUCGUUUAGCUUGUAAUAAAUCUGUGACACAAACAAAAGCUUCCCUCA